AUGGGCCUUGGUUUUAUGUUUAUCUUGUGAUAAAGAUAUUAAUUUUAUUACUUUAAUAUUAACUUGGUUAUUGUUAUUUGGUGUUCCAGAAACUCUCAGCCAUCUGAAGACAUAGAUGAAAAAUAUCAAAAGACCAAUAAUUUAUCAAAAGAGGUACCCAAAACUAAAAAAGUCAACAAAACUAAAAUUCCGAAAAAUUCAAAUGAAAAUGCAUCUAAAGUCAAAACUAAAAAGGUAGUUUAUCAUGUACAAAAAGAAUUUCAAUGUGAUAAGUGCAUAAAAUCAUUUAAUUUGAUAUCUCAAUUAAACCGACAUUCCAAAAUUCACCAAACUGAAAAGCCAUAUAAAUGUUCCAUUUGUCUGAAGACUUUUGCUGAGAAUUCAAAUUUGAUCAGACAUUGGAGAACUCAUUCUGGCGAAAAACCAUUUAAAUGUUUAGUGUGUAAUAAGUCAUUUUCUGAUACUUCAAAUUUAAAUACACAUUCAAGAACUCAUUUAGGUGAAAAGCCAUACAACUGUUCUGUUUGUGGAAAGUCUUAUACUGAAAAAGGAAAUUUAAUUACACACAUUAGAUCACAUACAAAUGAAAAGCCAUUUAAAUGUUCGAUUUGUGAAAUGUCAUUUUCUGAUAGAUCACACUGUGUAAGACAUACAAUAAGAAUACAUAAAGGAAAAAUGCCAUACAAGUGUUCUAUUUGUAAAAAAUCAUUUAAUAGAAAAUCACUGUUAUCCAUUCAUGCAGGAUUGCAUAUUGAUAAAUAA